UGUCACUGUCACUGUGGCUGUCAGUUUUGUUGGGGUGUUUCGUGUUUUUAAACUUCGUUAGUUCGCUUAGAAAUUUUCGUAAACUUUUUACUAAAGGAUUCAUUUACAAAUAACAUGAUUUAAUAAUUGAUCAGUGGCAAGUGCAGCAAAUAAUAGCAUUAAAAUGGAGACUACACCUCUCAUAACGAGGCCUAAAAAGAAAUCCGUAUGGUCAAGAUUACGUGUUAUUAUUUCUAGGUUUUUAUUUUCUAAAUUUCAAAAACAAAAUCUGAGUCCGCGAGUUAUUUACCUGGGACAACUCCCAGAGGAAGAAUUUCCACAAAAUUAUGUUUGUAAUCAAAAAUAUAAUAUUAUCACAUUCUUACCAAUGGUCCUGUUUGAGCAAUUCCGCUUCUUUCUAAACAUGUAUUUCCUGGUGAUGGCAGUGAGUCAAUUCAUACCAAGUAUCCGAAUCGGAUAUCUCUAUACAUAUUGGGGACCAUUAUGCUUUGUAUUGGCAGUUACAUUGUUCAGAGAAGCAUUGGACGACUUCAGAAGAUAUAGACGAGAUAAGGAAGUAAACCGUCAGAUGUAUGAGCGUAUAGUCCUAGACACAUCUGUGGAUGGCUACAAACCAUUUGCGAUUGAGAAAGUACCAUCAUCGUCACUGCGUGUUGGUGAUAUUGUGAUGCUCCAUAAAGGUCAGCGUGUUCCAGCUGACAUGAUACUUUUGAGAACUAAUGAGACCAUGGGAACCGUUUUUAUUCGUACAGACCAGUUAGAUGGAGAAAUUGAUUGGAAAUUAAGAAUACCAUUGCCGUCCACACAGAAACUAUCGACUGACGCAAACUUGCUCGACAUCAACGCCAAGAUCCGCGUCGAGAAGCCGGUGAAAGACAUCCACUCGUUCUGUGGCACCUGCAUCAGAAUGGAUGAGGAGGUUUGCGACUCUCUCGAAAUAGAGAACACGUUGUGGAGUGGAUGCGUCGUUGCUUCCGGGCAACCCACUGGCCUCAUCAUAUACACAGGCAGUGAAACCCGCAGCGUGAUGAACAACGACACGCCGCGUUCUAAAGUAGGCCGUCUCGACUUGCAAGUGAACAACCUUACUAAAGUUCUGUUUGUGGCCACAAUGUUCACUUCUAUACUGCUCAUUGUGCUGAAAGGUUUCAACGGCCCUUGGUUCGGGUUCUUCUUCAGAUUCGUGCUGCUGUUCUCUUAUAUCAUACCCAUCAGCUUAAGAGUGAACCUGGAAAUGGGUAAGACGUUCUACUGCUGGAACAUACAACGGGACAAGAAAAUCGAAGGUACAGUGAUGCGAUCCACCACGAUACCUGAAGAGUUGGGCAGGAUCCAGUACUUACUGGCCGAUAAGACGGGCACUUUGACCAAGAACGAGAUGGUGUUCCAGAAACUACACCUGGGAAACGCUCUGUUCGACAAGAAUAACUUUUACGAGGUGGAAGCACUUUUAACGCAGUACGUGACGAACGACGGCCCUUCGCUGCCCACAUCGCCUAUAGGUGAAGGCAGCGGCAGUAUUUACGCCAUGUCGUCUAUGGGUGAAGGCAGCGGCAGUAUUGUGGCGGCCACACCGCGGCAGGUGUGGCAGUGCGUGCUGGCAGUAGCCUUAUGUCAUAAUGUUACGCCAGCAUAUGAAAUGGACGAGAGACCGAUCGAGGAAUCGUACUCAGAUAUGGCUAGUUCUGUGGUGUCGGAAAGCUGCGGUGGGGCGGUGCCUCAGCAGCAACUGUGCGACUACCAAGCCUCCAGCCCCGACGAGGUGGCGCUCGUCAAGUGGACCGAUAUGAUGGGCGUGUCGUUAUACAGGCGUGACUUGCACAACAUCUCUUUGAAGUUGCGAGCCGCCAACGAGAUCAUGCAAUUCAAGAUUCUUCAAAUAUUCCCGUUCACCAGCGAGAGCAAAAUGAUGGGUAUCAUUGUCCAGGAGGAGAACACACAAGUGAUCACGUACUACGUAAAAGGCGCGGACGUGGCGCUGGCGAGGUUGUUAGAUUCGCCGUGGCUGAAUACAGAGUGCCAGAAACUGGCCGCCGAUGGGCUGCGGACACUGGUCGUCGCCAUGAAGACAUUAACCAAGAACGAGUACCUGGAGUUUGAGAGUGAGUACAAAGAAGCCCGACUGAGCGUUCAGAAUCGCAACGAGAAGACGAUGGCCGCUCUAAGCAAGCUGCAGUGCGGACUCACUCUACUUGGGGUCACGGGCGUGGAGGACAGACUAGCUGAUAAUGUACCCGAGACUUUAGCCAAACUACGCACUGCUGGGGUCAAGAUCUGGAUGCUGACGGGCGACAAGUUAGAGACGGCACUAUGCAUCGCCCGCUCCCUCCACUUGGGCGGUGGCGGCAGUUGGUUCACGGCGCCGUCGUGCCGCACGAGACGCGACGCGCACGCGUUACUGCAGGCGCUGCCGCAGCUCGCCGCCGGCACCGACCUCAUCGUGGAGGGGGACGCGCUGCAGAUGUGCCUCCAACUGGAUGAAGACGCGAUGGUGUCAGUAUUACGCGCGUGCAGCGGCGUAGUAGUCGCGCGCUGCUCGCCCACGCAGAAGGCGCAAGUGGCGCGGCUGCUGCGGGCGCGGGACCUCGUGGUAGCGGCCGUGGGGGACGGAGGGAACGAUGUGGCCAUGAUACAGGAGGCCGAUAUUGGUGUGGGCAUAGAAGGCGCGGAGGGCAAGGCGGCCACGCUGGCGGGGGACGUGAGCGUGCGUUCGUUCGCGAGCCUGGCUCGCCUGCUGCUGGUGCACGGGCGGCGCUCGUUCAUGCGCUCGGCCGCGCUCUGCCUGUUCAUCGUGCACCGCGGACUCAUUGUCUCCACCAUGCAGGCCGUGUUCUCCGUAGUGUUUUACUUCUCUUCAGUGUCCCUGUACCCUGGAUUUCUCAUGGUCGGCUAUGGAACUGUUUACACCGUGUUGCCUGUAUUCUCUUUGGUGCUCGACAAGGAUAUAUCAAGUGCAACUGCCCUUCGGUAUCCGCAACUGUAUAAGCAGCUGACGAAUGGCAGGCAGCUCUCAUACAAGACGUUUUAUAUCUGGACUGGCAUAUCAAUUUAUCAAGGUGGCGUGAUAAUGUACGGCGCGCUGGUGCUAUUCGAAGAUCAGCUGAUCCACAUCGUGGAGAUCAGCUACACAGCGCUCAUACUCACGGAGCUGAUCAUGGUGGCGCUCACCGUGGCCACGUGGCACCGCCUCAUGGCCGCCGCUGAGCUAGUCAGUCUGCUCACCUACACUGCCACGCUGCUCAUAUUCACAUCGUACUUCGAUGCUGAUUUCUUAAAACAAUGGGACUUCUGGUGGAAAGUAACGGUAAUAACUGUGGUAUCGUGCCUCCCCCUCUACAUCGUCAAGUAUAUGCACAGGAAAUGGAGCUUGCGUCAGUACAAAAACAUAAACACUCAACAGUGAACAGUGAUUCAUAUCGGCCGCACGUAUAUAUUCAUACAACGUUCCGCGAUCACAAUGUUGCGUGGAAUUAGCGUGUGCAGCGCUCUUUGUUUGUUUAAAAGUACAUAAAUUGGAUAAAUGUCUUAAAAACGUCAUGCAGAUUUACAAUUUCAUGCUGGAUAUCAAUACAUUAUGUAGGGUGACCGAUGUUUGAUACAUAGUUAAAUAUGACUAUGGUUAGAAUAUCUUAGUAAAAGUAGCCAUUUGUCAAAAUUUGGCACAUUUUACUAUAUAUUUGAAUAGAAUAGAAUAAUUCUUUAUUGCAAAACUGUUACAUUGACUUGAUAUAGUUGUUUUUAUUGUUGUCAAAGGACAUGGUAAAAUUUUGUAUGAGCGACUACCCUAGCAAUGUAUAAAUAUUGUAAUAAGUAAUAUUUAAUGCUGAAUGGCUGAAUGUUCAUAAUAGCUAUGAAAAAAGGCUCAGGAACUUUUGAUAAAGUCAUAAUCUUGAAAAUUAUGAGAACUCCUACUAUGUCAUAACCUUGCUACAUUUGAUAAAAGAUGUUGCCAAUUAUUUACAGAGCCAUCAAUUGCGCAUUUUCUUAGGAUCCUUCCUCCCAUUUCUCAAGUGUUUUAAUGCAAAAAUAAAUACAAAUAAUUUGUUGUCAUCGGCCUGACAGGAAGUCAGUGAAGUUUUAUUUUGGUCAUUUGCAAAAAUCAAAGAAUUAAUUAUCAUACAGCCUUGUCUCAAGCAUUAUCAGAAUAAAAAAAAAUGCUAUUUUAGGCUUUCAGUGAUUUGUUAUAAUAAAAAUUAUGGGCAAAUAUAUCAUAGUUUUAAAGAGAUUGGAAUUAAUAUUGUUUAUUUCGAUAAACUUAACAAAAAUUUUUGGCUACAUUUAUUGUUCAUUUAUUUUUGUAAAACGGAACAUUUUCCUUUUGAAACAGACAUGAAGUCAAUUUUCAUAAUUUUAAAUAUUUGAUUAUUUCACGAAAGUUAUAUGAUAAAAAUAAACAUGUGAUAAUUAAAAACAAAUAUAAUGUUACGGGAUAGUGCGAAAUAAUUAUACACGUUAAGGGCAGUUUCUUAGCCAUGUCCUUUAAGUUUAGGUUUAGAGAAAUUUCAUGCCAAAAUCGACACAUAGUCACAUUUUAACUUUAUAUCAACGGGCUCUUAUUUGUAGCCUUUAAAUAUUACAAUCAAACCAUAGAUGAUUGAAACCGACAUUGUCCAAUACAAGCAACAAAAGCCGUAUUAAUUAUGAAUUUUUGAUGCCAGACAAGUCCUGUUGUUAUAGCGAGACAGCACAUACGCGCAGUAGAGGGGCAGCUCGCUUUAAUAACUGUUUAUGUUUGGUGCUAAGGCAUCAUAAUAACAUUAUCUUCUAAUGUAUAAAAUUCUCGUGUCACGGUGUGCGUAAUUGAACUACUCCGAAACGGCUAGUCCGAUUUUCGUGAAAUUUUAUAUGCAUAUUCAGUAGGUCUGAGAAUCGGACAACAUCUAUUUUUCAUCCCCCUAAAUAUUAAGGCUGUUUUUUUUUCUUGGACAAUCUUUUUUGUUUUUAUUUUUUUAUGAUACAUCAUACAAAAAUACAUACAACUCUAAAUUUCACCCUUCUACCACCAACCCCUUUUUUAUGGCGGUAUGAAGUUCGCUGGUGUCCCAGUGCUAGCUGUCGCUAGUAAUUUAUAAUAAUUCGAAAAAAAAAAUAGGUUUAUUUACACCUUCCUCUAUAAAUUAAAGGCUUAUAAAUAUCUUCUUAAAAUUAGUUCAGAUUUCGGCCACGCGCCUCAAGACUUUGGUCGCACUGUACGAUAUAAUUUUAUUGAGAUAUAAAAUAGUGAACUGAACUGAACGUUGUCGUCUUUUCAAAAUAUUGUGUUCAGUUAAAUAAAAGUUAUUGCUUAUAUUUUUGUUGAAAAAAGAAAUGUUUAUUAUGUGUUCACUUUAUGACUCGACAUUAAACAUAGUAUUAUAAUAACGUUGACCUGUACCCCUAGCACGAACCAAUAUCGAAUUCGUAACAUUUUCGAGUCCGAAGUGUCAUUGUCAAAAGUGCACUGAUUUUUAGUUCGUACGUACUUUGUGGCGCUGCUGUUCAAGUUUUCAUACAAAAUUUGACAUUGACAUUUCGCACUCGCAAACUAUUCGAAUUCGAUAAUGGUUCGUGCUAGGGGUACAGAUAUCAUUUUCAUCAAUUAGUCCACAAAUCAUGUUAAAUAUUAUGGAAAUUGGAAGCUGCCUUUUUAAUAUCUACUUAAUGAUUAUUAAUAUAAGUAUAAAAAGUAUGAAUGGAGACAUCACGUACAAAAGGAAAGCAUUUUGUAAACAAUGGAUUUGUAAGAGAGUAGGUAGGUAGUUUAUAUAUAAUUUUAGUUUUAAAUACUUAUUAUAAUGUAGUUUAAGGAUAUAUUGUCUGUUUUUGUUGUGUUGAGUUUAUCUGAUAUCCGUAAUAUUAAAUCAUGUUUAAGGAGCAACUAUUUUUUUAUUAUUGUUUUUGUAAGAUAUAAAAAAAAAUACUGUGAUUUUCAAUGGGAGCUAGGAGUGGUACUCGUAAGUAUUGCACGGUGCACAUUCGCUGUGCACUUAGGAAAAUUGUAAUUCCGCUUUAUUACAUUUGUGCUAGACUGAAAUGUGUAUGAUUGAUUACAGGAAAAUGCGAUAUUCUUCGAGUACUCUAGAUAAAAAAAAAUCUUUAAUGCAUCGACCAAUUAAAAUUAAACGUAUUAUUUAUUCUAUUUACAUAACACUAAAAUCAUUUGCUUCGUCACUAGGUUCGUUUAUUUUAGUAAAGAAGUGUUCUGAUACAUCGAGACAAUAACAUGCGGGGUAAUUUGUUGCGUAAGGCAUAGCCCUAAUUAUUUUUUACUAAAUUGGCAUCGCAUGACUUAAAAUUAAUGCCAGACCAGCGGCGUAGCGUGGGUGUCGGCCGCCCGGGGCGAAAGACAAUUUUGCCGCCCUCUUAUUUAAAUGUUUGAAAUACUUUUAUUAUUUAUUGAAAAAUUGUGCCGCCCCCUAAGAAGUGCCGCCCCUGCCGACCCCACUACUCUACGCCACUGUUCCAGACCCUGCUUUAACUAGCUAUGGUCGCAUUUAAUAAGAUGGCUAACGGUACAUUGUCUUACCGAGACAGGGAUUUUGAAAUUUAGAAUUUUUGAAAACAGGGCCUCGAAUUGUCCAUUUUGCGUGAUGCCUUUCCGCACUCGAAUGUCGCUCUGUAUAAACCCACCCUUAGAUUAACACGGGGCAGUCACAUCAAAACUUUAUCCAUAGCUCGUGUCCACUACCAUCGUAAUCAAUUCAUCGUGUUUAUCAACAAUUCCAUAGUAUUAAGAGUCAUUUUCCAUAAGUUAGUUUUUACGAGGUACAAAAGUUUUAUAAAUGUGAUAUAUAUACUUAUUUUAAAUUAUACGAGCAUUAUUUAAUAGGUGUUUAUUUAAAAGACGUACCUGGGCUCGAGUUUCUAUUCAGGCAUAGCUCCACCGGCGCUGCACCUGUAUGGAAACUAAAGCUAAUCCGAUUACUAAAUGUGUCACAACAUCUGUAUUCUUAGAUGUGUUAUUUAUGUUAUAUAAUGACAGUUUUUGAAAAAGUAAAAAUAAACCAUUAUUAUGAA